AGUGCACCCAACAUACAUCACGUUCAAAUGCCAGCCACCUUUACAAAAUUGCAAUUUUUUCGUCACUUUGCACAAGAACAAUUACAAAUUUUUCGCUGUGUCCUCCCACAAAAGUAGCAUCGUCAAGUAUUCAUCGUCACUUCAAGUUUUCGAAACAAGAGAAGCUUCGACAAUAAAACUGACAGAAUUUUUGGUGGAUUUGACGUGUAAUGGCGGAUGGUGACCGCACGAUCCCUCCCGACGACACGUUUCACCCCACCACUGACGACAUACACGACCUGAGCGAAUUCCUCCCGUCAAUUUCCUCCUCGUCCAGCCCAAGUUCCGGUCUGGAUUCGAUUUCCAACCAAUUUAAAGGAAUCCUGAUGGACCUCCACGACUCUAUGUUGCCCACCACGCCAUCGCCUCCCGACGGUGACGUCAAGAUGCAACAGGAAGAAAUCCCUGGGCUCGGGGGCGACAAAGAAGAAGAUCUUGGCUCGGCAUUAUUUACUAAUUCUAAACUCGGCGCAAACUUUGAUAUCACGUCGGUCGCCACACUGCCGGUUCAUGCCCCUCCUCCCGAUGCUAUUAACGACUUUACGGACGAUCUAGAGAUGGGUGACGCAAGUCUCAACAGUUUUGAUAAUUUCGCCAGUGACAUCUCCGCGGCACAGGUUACAGAAACCAAUGAGGAUAACGGCUCCUCCGCUAUUGAAAGUGACGAAGUCGUACUGCUUGGAAAUGGUGACACAAACGAUAUAAAACUUGAUGAGGAACUUUUGGAUUUAAAACCCCCCUCGCCCGGUGCCAGGAUCAAACUCCAUGUCGCCAAACUUCCCACCGGCUUUAAGGAAGAACACAUUGUCAACUUGUUUGAACCCUUCGGUACCGUUGUUGAGUGCGAAUUAUUUCCAUACAAAAAUUUCGCCUAUGUCCAUCUGGAUAAUGAGGCGGGUGGGCUGGAAGCGAUCAAAAUGCUGAACAAGAUAAAACUCAACGGGCAGAAUAUUACAGUGAUGAAGUCUAAAUUGGCAACAAAUGUCGUGCCAAAGGCACCCCCCUCCUCGGCCAAUGAGGAAACCGUGACUACUUACAAGAUCUACUUUUCCAACCUGAAACCCAAUGUCACCAAAGAGAUUGUCACCGAUCUCGUCAAAGAGUACGGGAGAAUCGUCGACAUUGAGAUUUACAGAUCAAAUUCCGCCUUUGUGCACAUGGAGGAGGAGGAGGCCGGAAUUCGUGUGAUACAGGAAUUGAACGGGAAGGUCGUUCCAGAGUUCGAGCGCCCCAUUGAUGUCUCGCUAUCUAAAAAUCCUGAAGGGCCGAGGAUCCCUGUUGUGCGCCUGCAGGUGAAGAAUCUACCCGAAGACUUGUCCGCUAAUCAGAUCCGCUCCCUAUUCCAGCCCUAUGGCCUCGUCGUCUCGACCACCCUCGCCAAAAGCAAGUUCGAUCCCCUCAGGAAGGCCAUCGUGCAAUUGGAACAGCUUGGCGACAUUCGGUCCGCCAUCAAAGAUCUCGGCGAAAUGGAGUUCAAUGGGAAGAAAUUGCUUGUCGAAGCUCUCCUCGAAACUCCUCCCAUCGUUUCCACCCCUUCCGGCAGCAGCUCAGCUUUCAAUCACUCCGCGGCUUCGUCCUCCUCAUCAUCUAAGAAGAAGAAGAAACGUGGAGGAGGACCGAACAAUUUCUCCCCGUUACGUCCGCCUCCCAUUCCGCCAAUGCUACCCCCCAUGAGAGUCAUGCCGGAACGCUUCGCUGACGACGGAUACCACAAUUACGGCGACUUUCCCCCACCUCCGCCAAUGUUUCGAGGCCGAGGGUGUGGCAUUGGGAUGAGGCCGCCCAUGUUUCACAGGCCUCCAAUGAUGAUGCAUACUGAACGGAUCGCUCGUGACAGGCCACCACAACCCAUGCUGCCGCCCGGUCUAUUCGGCGGUGGUGGACCGCGUGGACCUCGCGGAGGACCUUUUGGAGGACCUCGUGGAGGUCGUGGAGGAGGAAAUGGUAUGCCCAAUAUGCCACCAGGAGGACGUCCCCCAUUUGGCCCCCGUUUUCCGAAACGCCCCUUCCAGCCUCACUUUCCUCCUCCCCCAGAACAAUACGAUUUCGACACGUACUAUCAAGAUCCCUCUGCCGCCUCGGCGCGGGACCAUUACGCCCCGAGCUUGGAGGACGAAUACGACUCUUACGCGCAACAAAUUCAAGGAAACAUGCGCAAUUUUUCGUCACCACCGCAGAAAAAAUCGCGUGGUGGGGGAGUAGGUAGUCGCGGUGGUCGUGGAGGAGGCAAUUCUCGCCCCGGAAACAACAUCCCCACUCUCAUGCCUUCAUCUUUUAACCCAUUCGCCGAGGAUGACGACUACUUGUCCACCACACAACCUCCCGCUCUUCAGCUCUCACUCGGUGAACGAGAAUAUUUUCCUCCUAGUCGUGGUCGAGGGGGACGUGGUCGCGGAGCCAGCUCAACUAUUCAACAACAACGCCACGCCACGCAGCAAGCGCAGGUCGAAUCUUUCCAAGCCAAACAACUCAUGACAGCGGCAGGAUAUGGUCCUUCUUCGUCACAGUCCAACUAUCUUGCGCAAGAGCAAAUACCCGGGUCGUCGUUCCCCCCUGAUGAUCCCUCAUUCCAAGAAGACUCUUAUUUCGACGUGCCCCACACCAUCAACGGCACCUUCAACGCCAUCCCCUUUGACUACUCUAACCUAAAACGGAAGCCGAAUGGGAAUCAAAACGUUACCAAACGUGGUGGCGGAGCUCCUAAUCAGGCCGGAAGGGGAUCGGGACGCGGCGGGAAUAGGGGGAACAGGGGUGGGGCAGGGGGCGCUAGCAGAGGUGGGGUCGGGGGUGGAAAGAAUAAGAAGAAAGCGCGUCAUCCCGGCCUCGGCGCGAGUAAAGGCGGCGCAAAUCAAAUAAAUCCUAAUGAAAUGCCACUCGGAGGAGGAGGCGGUGGUGGUGGAUUUGGUCCUGGCGCGGGCACUUUUAGCGGCGGAAGAGGAGGGGGAGGACGAGGAGCGGGAUCUUCAAAUAAUUUUGGGGGACGUGGGGGAGGGGGUCGAGGAGGGGGAAAUCAGACUGCACGCUACAAGACGAAGCAACAGGCGAAAGACGAUAAUGUCGAAUAUGCAGAAUUUCUGGCUAACAAGUCCUGGCUCCAUCAAGCCAUCCCUGGCGUCGUACGGCCAGCACAAAGAUAAAAUUAUAUAAUAGGCAUUAAAUUUGCAAAUAUUUUCUAUUUUCCCUCGAUAAGAUCGAAAAACAAAUCCUAUCAUCAUGUUUUUUUACAAUUGUUAGUCAAAUGUUUAUUUAUUUAGUGAUUAUGUGAUUAAGUAGAUUUUAUGUACAUAUGCUGUUCUCAUAGUCUAAUUUAUUUACCCUAUUUCUUGCCACUAUUUCUCGAUCCUAUUAAUUAAAUUUAAGACUUUUACGAAGUAUGGGCCAGAUGUUAACUUAUGGAAGUAAAAGUUGCAAAUUUCCUCAUGUCACUAUCGUCUUUGGAUCAUCAUCACUAGUUAAUUACCUAAUCGCUACAUGUCGAGAGAAUGAAAUGAAAUGAAUGCAUUUUAAUCAUACCAUAUUUUCCCAAUACUAAUUAAUGCAUAUGCAAUAUGUACAUACUGCAGUUUUAGAGCAGCAAUUAUAAUAAUUAGUGCAGAAGACGUAAGUUUUACUGUAGUCGACUUUUGUUAAUUAAUUUCCUCGCCUCGUGGAAAAAUAAAUUGUUAACUUGUGUAAAUUGAUCUGAUCUGAUUCUAAAUACUUGUUCCAUAAAAUAACUAAAACACUGAAAUAAACCUAAUCAAAAAUGAACAAAUAAAUUCG